UGCUCGUCGCUCGCUCCCAGUGUUGCUGUCGCAUCGAACGGUACGGCUUUGAGAUACGUUGUUAUAAGCAGGAGGGCAACAGCGGUGUGCGGUGUGGCCCCUGGUCGCUAGAGAAGGUGGUGUGCGCCUGCGUUUAAUACACUCGACAGGAAAAAAGGUGUGUUGGUGGAUAGAGCAGGUCCUGAGCAGUCUAGUGCUACGACCCAGACACCACCACCACCCCGGAUCGACUUUGGGGAUCACUUGUUCAAGGUGCUCGUCUGGUUUUGGUGUCGGUGGUACCAGUUGCACCAAUCGCUACCCGUGGAGUGGUGACAGCAGUAGAAAAAAGGCGCGGUCUUUGAAACAAUCGACCACGCGGGACUGUCAAGUCGGCGACGUUCGGGACAUCACCCUCGACGCCGCCAGCAAAGGCGCAAGUCGCCCACCCUCUGUCUACAGCCAUCGAGCGCGCUGGUGAUGUCUGGUUGAGUUGAGCUGCUGCAUCGACGAGGUAACGCUUUUUCACCAGGGCACGAGGGCGUCGCCACAAGCAUGAGUGCUGCCGGGCACAUCAUCGUGGUACCGGGGCAGGAGAUAACCUCUGUGCAAGGAUACCUCCGGGGGCACGGGACGUACGUGGAAGAGGGGACAGACGGCGGGCCUCCCAAGCUCCUGGCGUGCGUGGCCGGAGUGGUGGAGAGGGUGAACAAGCUCAUCUCUGUCCGGCCAAUCAAGUCCAGGUACAUCGGCGAGGUAGGGGACCUGGUCGUGGGAAGGGUGACGGAAGUACAAUCGAAACGCUGGAGCGUGGAGGUCGGUGCGCACAGAAGUGCGGUGUUGAUGCUUAGCUCCGUGAACCUUCCGGGUGGGCAGCAGAGAAUGAGGACAUACGAGGACCAGCUGCAGAUGCGAUCGUUCUUCCAGGAGCACGACCUCAUCAGCGCUGAAGUUCAGCAGGUCAACUCGGACGGAGGAAUCGCUCUCCACACCAGAAGUCUCAAGUAUGGCAAGCUGGAGAACGGGCAGCUAGUUUCGGUGCCGCCCGUGCUGAUCCGAAGGCUGAAGCAGCACGUGGUGUCUCUGCCGGACACGGGCGUCGACGUCAUCCUGGGGACAAACGGGAACGUCUGGAUUUCGAGAACACCUCCCGAAGAGUGGAAGGGCAAGGAGGAGGGAGACGCGGCCGGCACGGGGAGCGUGGCCCCAAAGGCGGAGACGCUCACACGCCAACGAAAACAGCACGCUGAGACGGUAAAGAGCGGUGCAUUGGUUACAGCUGGUUUGCGCGGUUACGAGCAGUGGCCGCGCCAGGGAUACCGCACCCAACUGUCUCUGCCGCCAUUUUAUGCCUUGCGGUCAUCUACGUGACACGCAUUUUAUCAGCAACGACUACUGGUGU